GGCAGCUGUGCACUUGUGUGAUGUGUACCUUCACGUUCACCCAGUGACCCCCUCUGCUCUGAGACCACAUCCUGGCGUCACUUCCUGGAUGAUGUCACGCGUUAGCGAGUUCGGCGAUGAGCGGAGCAGAGUGAGCUGAGAAAGGCAACACAGUGCAGGAGGCUGCAGCAAGACGGGUGAACUCUACACUACCACCACUAACCUGGGGGAAGAUUCACACUCAGACAUGGGGAACAAAAAGCGAUUUUAAUUACGCAAACAGCGAACCUGGACGCGUUGUAAUUAACGCCCUAAGGAGAACUGGGAAAAGGAUAUAUGCUUUUAAAAAGGGAUUGUUGUUUGAGCAGCGAGGAGAUUAUACCAGGAUGCUACGGUGGAUCCGACAGCAGUUGGGUUUUGACCCACCCCACCAAAGUGAAACAAGGACAGUCUAUAUAGCUAACCGGUUUCCAGAGCAUGAUCACUAUGUGCCCCAGAAAUUUGCAGACAACAGAAUUAUAUCAUCCAAGUAUACGGUUUGGAAUUUUGUUCCCAAGAACUUAUUUGAACAGUUCAGAAGAAUAGCCAAUUUUUAUUUUCUUAUUAUAUUUCUUGUUCAGCUCAUGAUUGACACCCCUACUAGUCCCAUCACCAGUGGACUACCAUUAUUUUUUGUGAUCACAGUAACAGCCAUAAAACAGGGUUAUGAAGACUGGCUGCGACACAAAGCAGACAAUGAAGUCAAUGGAGCCCCUGUUUAUGUUGUCCGAAGUGGCAGCCUUGUACAAACUAAAUCAAAAAACAUAAGGGUCGGGGAUAUUGUAAGAGUAGCCAAAGAUGAAACUUUCCCUGCAGAUUUAGUUCUGCUGUCCUCUGACAGAGAAGGUGGGACAUGUCACAUCACUACAGCCAGUUUGGAUGGAGAGACUAAUCUAAAGACCCACUUUGCAGUUCCUGAAACAGCAGUGGCUCAGUCAGUCUCCAGGCUGGAGGCUCUGGUAGCCAUUAUAGAAUGCCAGCAACCAGAGGCAGAUCUGUACAGAUUUGUAGGGCGGAUAACCGUUACCCAGCAGGAAGAGGAAAUAGUAAGACCUUUAGGAGCAGAAAACCUACUCCUUCGGGGAGCAAGAUUGAAAAACACCAAAGAAAUUUAUGGUGUGGCUGUGUACACAGGCAUGGAGGCAAAAAUGGCUUUGAAUUACAAGUGCAAAUCACAGAAACGCUCCGCUGUUGAGAAGUCAAUGAACACGUUUCUACUCAUCUACUUGGGAAUCCUGUUGUUUGAAGCUGUUCUGAGCACCAUCUUGAAGUAUGCAUGGCAAGCUGAAUCAAAGUGGGAUGAGCCAUGGUAUAACCAAAAGACUGAGCAAGAGAGGAAUAGCAGCAAAAUUUUGAGGUUCAUCUCAGACUUUCUUGCUUUCCUUGUUCUGUACAAUUUCAUCAUCCCCAUCUCGCUGUAUGUAACUGUGGAGAUGCAGAAGUUCCUUGGCUCCUUUUUCAUUGGCUGGGAUAUUGAUCUCUACCAUGAGGAGACUGACCAGAAGGCACAGGUGAACACCUCUGACCUAAAUGAAGAACUGGGGCAGGUGGAAUACGUGUUUACUGAUAAGACCGGGACCUUGACAGAGAACGAAAUGCAGUUUCGUGAAUGCUCCAUUAAUGGCAUUAAAUACAAUGAGAUCAAUGGCAAAUUGGUCCCAGAAGGAACGACAGAUGAUUAUCCUGAUGGAUAUUUACCAAGACUGAGUGGAGAUGAAGAGCUCUUCCUGAAGGCAGUCUCACUUUGUCACACAGUGCAGAUCAGCUAUGAUCAAACAGACGGCCUAGAGGACAGUUUCAGGCAUGCCAAUGGAAUGUCAUCCCAGAUGGAAUACUAUGCCUCUUCACCAGAUGAGAAAGCUUUAGUGGAGGCUACAGAAAGGAUUGGUGUAACCUUCGCAGGAAGCAAUGGGGAAAAUAUGGAAAUUAAAACAUUCGGAAGAUCAGAGAAGUAUAAACUACUGCAUGUUUUAGAGUUUGAUGCCAAUAGAAGAAGAAUGAGUGUUAUUUUACAAACACCAUCAGGAGAAAAGGUGCUGUUCACUAAAGGAGCAGAGUCUUCUGUUUUUCCAUUUACCCGAAGUGGAGCAAUAGAAAAAACAAGGGUCCACGUAGAUGAGUUUGCUUUAAAAGGACUGAGGACUCUUGUGGUAGCCUGUAGACACUUCACUCCUGAAGAAUAUCAGGAGGUGGACCGACGCCUCAACGAGGCCAGGACUGCACUGCAACAGAGAGAGGAGCGCCUAGCUGAGGUCUUCAGCUUCAUUGAAAAAGACCUGGAGCUCCUGGGAGCCACCGGAGUGGAAGACAAGUUACAAGAGAAAGUCCAGGAGACUAUUGAAUCCCUCAGACUGGCUGGAAUUAAAGUGUGGGUGCUAACAGGAGACAAGCAUGAAACUGCAGUCAGUGUUAGUUUGUCCUGUGGACAUUUUCACAGAACUAUGAAUAUCUUGGAACUUGUACAGCAGAAAUCUGACAAUGAAUGUGCAGAACAGCUGAGGAGACUUGCCAGAAGAAUUAAGGACGACCAUGUGAUCCAGCAUGGCCUGGUUGUUGAUGGAGCCAGCCUUUCUCUAGCACUCAGGGAGCAUGAGAAAUUGUUUAUGGAUGUCUGCAGAAACUGUUCAGCCGUGCUUUGUUGUCGCAUGGCACCCCUGCAGAAAGCAAAAGUGGUACGACUGAUAAAGACUUCGCCAGAGAAGCCCAUCACAUUAGCUAUUGGCGAUGGAGCCAAUGAUGUUAGUAUGAUUCAGGAGGCCCAUGUGGGUAUAGGGAUCAUGGGUAAAGAGGGAAGACAAGCUGUCAGAAACAGUGACUAUGCAAUUGCAAGAUUUAGAUUCCUCUCAAAGUUACUGCUGGUCCAUGGUCACUUCUACUAUAUUAGAAUAGCAAACCUUGUACAGUACUUUUUCUACAAGAAUGUGUGUUUUAUCACACCCCAGUUUUUAUACCAGUUCGUCUGUCUGUUUACACAGCAAACGCUGUAUGACAGUGUAUACCUUACACUGUACAACAUCUCUUUCACAUCCCUGCCCAUUCUGAUGUACAGUCUCUUUGAACAGCUGGUGCACCCCCAUGUGUUACAAAGCAAACCUGCUCUUUACAGAGACAUAAGCAAAAAUUCUCUCCUGUCUUUCAAAUCCUUUUUGUAUUGGACAUUACUAGGAUUUUCCCACGCCUUGGUGUUCUUUUUCGGUUCAUAUUUUUUAAUGGGAGAAGAUACAUCAUUAAUGGGAAAUGGAAAGAUUUUGAAAGCUAACAGGCAACUGAUGUUUGGUAACUGGACAUUUGGCACCUUGGUUUUCACAGUUAUGGUCAUUACGGUAACAUUAAAGUUGGCUCUAGAGACACAUUUCUGGACGUGGGUGAACCACUUUGUUACAUGGGGUUCCAUAGCAUUUUACUUCAUAUUCUCUUUAUUUUAUGGAGGAAUCAUUUGGCCCUUUUUGCACACACAGGACAUGUAUUUUGUCUUCGUUCAGUUGCUCUCCAGUGGUUCUGCCUGGUUUGCCAUUAUCAUCAUAGUCAUUAUCUGCCUGUUCCCUGAUGUCAUAAAGAAGGUUUUAUACAGACAUGUUCAACCAACGAGCACUCAGAAAGCACAGCAUACCGAAACCCAUAAAGGCAUCAGCUGCUUGGACGCGAUGUGCUGUUUCUCAGACGGGGAGACGGCUUGUGCGCCGGUGGGAAGACUUAUGGAGCGAAUGAUGGGCCGAUGCAACCCUUCACGGCUUAGAAGGUGUGGAAUUUCUCUCAGUAGUCUGUGCUGCAGACGCAUCUCCUAUAAACUUGAAUGCGAUGAACCUGCAGCUCUAUCUGUCUAAGUCCAGUUAAGCGUUUCUGCCCAGUAACCUGGAUUCACUUUGAUCAGAAGAGCAGUGCAUUGCUUUGGAGGAUACAGGACAAGGAAUGGUUUUCACAGUCAUUUCUAGUUUUAAUGAAACAGUUUUUAGUUUGUAAAAUCUCUAUGGUACAGUAUUUCUUGUGUUGUAUAUAAAAUAGGGAUUUCUUGGUUUGCCCACAGGUGUCUUUUUGAAUAGCACUUCUCAAUACAAUCUGACGUUUAUUUUCUUUCAAAACUGUCUGUUUCCUGAUAAAGGCAUGGGUUUUCUCUGUGUGUGGUUGAUGGAGUUUUUUGUAUCUUGAGUCCUGCAAAAGGUUUAAUGUUUGUUGUUACUGUACAAUUACACAUCCACUUUAUCAACCCUUCUUUCUGUACUCUCUAUCAACCAGCUCUAAUCCCAAAGCUCUGUAUCAAAUAUAUAUUUUUUGUCAACUAAGGCAUCAAAAUCAAAUAGACAACUGUGACUAAGAUAUUGCACCACAGAUAUGACUCUGGGGGUGCAAUAUGUUUAUAGCAGUUAGACUGUGGGAGUGUGGUAUUUACAGUGACUUAUUUACUAGAAAUUUCAGGACGGAGAAUCCGCAAUGAGGAUGAUUUCAAUUGCAGUUGAACAGGUGAAUUAAUGACGGAUGAUGAAUUUGGCCGGAGACCUUGUCCAUGGGUGCUGAUGGCUAUCCGCAAUGCUGACCGACUAGUGAAUACACAAUGACAUCAUGUAGUCUAGUGUCGCAGAUAGGAAGUGGCUCGUAGGGCCACCUCCCCCCAAAAGACAAAGCUGCCAAACCAUGAUUGGAUAAAAUGAGGAUCAUGAAUGGUUAACAGAACAACUGCAGUGGUGCAAUGCCUACUACCCCCAAAAAUAGGAAAAGGAAGAAUGAAAAGUAAGCAGUUGAGACACAGGCCCCCAGAGCAUGAAACCAAAUACGAACCGCUCAGCACUCGGGUAAGGAAAAAAACCCUACUUGCUGGUAGGAGGAAACAUUAGGGAAUCCAUGGCUGAGGGUAGCCCUUCCUCCAGGCUGUAAAGAUGGCCGUCUCCCUAUUUGUCCUUGCCGCGCCUGACUGAGAGCUCAAACAAUAGAAACGACAUGAAUGAAAGCCACACUGAGGUUUUAAUGCUGCUUGGAUAUGACGUGUUGAUUAGUGGGCGGAUUCUCCUUCCAGAAAUACAACCAAGUUUUCCAAUAAACCUUUUGCACAUCUUGGCCUACUUCUUGAUGUUAAAGAUGUAGCAUUCAUUUCCCCCCUGGUAAUUACAUUUUGAAUGGAAUUCUGCAUCUUUAGCAAUGUUUUAAUACACCUGAAGCCUUUUGGGGAUCUGUCUUCAAAGUAUGUGAUUCGCAUGGGGCUGCCUUGAGCUCUUUCUAAGCUGUGUGUUCAGUUUAUUCAUUAUUUCUGUGUUUUUCUACAGUGUCAAGAGGUCCAUUUUCUUACUCUCUUACCUUUUCCUGGGCUGUUCUAAUUCUGUACUGGUCUUUUUUUGGGGGGAAAUUACAACAGUAUAUAAUCUUUUGUACAUUACUGUAAUCCUUUUAAAGUUUUUCACAACAAAACACACUUAAAUAACUAAAUUGAUGUGUUGUAAUCCAAUUAUGGUCUUAAUUACAGAGUAUUCUGUAUUUAAAUGGUUUAAACCUGUUGGGAUUGUGUACUGUUAUCAUAAGUAUCUGGGGAUACUAACCUGUCUCACUUUCAGAUUCAUUUUCAGCACAUUCAGUUCUUAUUUAUUUAUUUUUGAUAAAUGUGUUCAAAGAUUCAGUCAGAACUCCAUAUCAGAGUCCUAUCCUGUGAGAUCUAGGAUACCAUGGGUUUAUGGUCUAUAUAGGUCUUUAGGGAACUGGAUGCCAGAUUAUUACAUAUCAACUGUUUUACGGUUAUAUUUAUAUCAUACAGGACUGUUUCUUUGUUUAAAAAAAAAAAAAUGUAAUUGAAAUAUUAUGUAAUAUGAAAUGUAAUUCAUAGUUACUGGCAGAAGGAAAGGGGUGUAAUCCAAAGACCAGUCAGAAAAGUAUAUACAUUAUCUGUCAAUGUCUCUUAUACAUACCAAACAAGAAUAUUCUUAUAUACAGGUUAUUAUCAAACUUAUAAGCCGUAUGCUUUACAAAGAUAUCUGUAAACAGUAAAGAUACCUAUUAGAAUAAGUGUACCAAUUUUAAAUUGGUAGUUCUUAUUCUAAGAAACACAAGCUUAAUAGUAGAUGUGCUGCUGUUCAAUGCAUUUCCCAGUGUGCUCGUACUUAUGGUCCCUUGUGCCUUUCCAAAUAAAAUAAAGAUGUUUGUCAGCUAAAAGAGCUGCCAGAAACGGCUCUAGAAACACAUUACAUGACUGUAUGUAUUUUCUACAUUAGAAAGUAGAUACGUUUAAAGAAAUUUGUCAAACAUAAAACUAAAUCAAAAAGCCAUAUUUUUUAAUGUUUUUAUAUGAUGUAUACAAUGAUAGUUUUUUUUGUUUUGUUUUGUUUGUUUUUUUAAACAAAUAUUUAUUUCACCUCCUAUUAUAUAUAUCUUGGACCAAUUAAAUCUGAUACUGAAAAUGUAACACAAGUGAGAAUGGUUUUCAGAAUUACUUUUCCAAGAAUCAUUGAGACAGCUUGAUACAGGUUCUGUCUCCCAAGUCACACUGCAAUUCACAACAACACCCUUUUUUUUUUAAUACAGUUAAUAUUUUAUGUAGUACAGUAAAUGCAUUGGCUGCUAAGCGACAUCUCUUUCAUUGUUGUGUGUUCAGUCAAUGUGAUAAUUAACAACCCUCUCCUUACCUCCACUCCAUCACGGUUUAGUAUUGAUGCCUCUCAUGCACCUAAACAUUUGUCAUUCUGUUAAGAUUUAAAUCAAAUGGAAAUCGCUGUUCUCCAUCAAAGGGUCCAGAUAGGGGGUAGAUUUGUAUGUAGAGCAUGAUCAGAAUAAAUCAGCAUUAGGUGUGCUAGUGCUAUCAUACAUUUCUCCAUAGUAUACAUAUUUCCAGUUUUAAGUUGCCCAACGCUUUUUGUUUUGUUCAUUUUUAUUACUACUUAUAGACUUUGGAGUGACCCGGACCCCUUCAAUUCCAACGACAGAAGCAUCUUGACACUGUCGCCUAUGGAGGCCACUUCCUGCUAACGUAUCAAGGACAUUAUCACAGCUAAAUAAGCCCUAUAUUCUCUUAAAUGCUUUAGUUACUUUCCAUUCAUAAAAGGGCAGAUUUCCAGAUUUGACUCAAAUAUUAGUUACUUAGUUAAACCAGAUUCUGAGCUCAUCAAACUGCAGUAGAAAUAUUUAGCGCCUGUAGUUUUCUUUCCACAAAGAGAAACCAAAUGGACACAGCUUUAAUAGCUUACUGAUUACUGCAACUGUACCAUCUUGAAUAUACAGCUAUGUCCAAAAGUUUUGCAUCACCUUAUAGAAUUAACACAUUUUGCUUCAUAGAUGAAACCUGCUGAAUAAUUGAUAUGUUAACAUAUUGAAUUACAUACCGCUUUGUAGUUUUCCAUAUACUUAACGAAAAAUGUGACAUUUCUAAAUCUAACAUGAAAUGCUAUACUACUAUCAUGGCUUCCAGUACACUCUUGUGAUAUUGUUUUGUAGUUAAUUUAAUUUACAUGAUAUUAAAUAAAAUAUCUAAAUUACGUGCCUAUAGUGUGUUUGUUUUUUUUUGUCUCGAUCCUAAAAAUCUAGGUGAUGCAAAACAUUUGGCCGUAGCUGUAGUUUGUCAUUUUUAUAGCUUUCCAAGCCAUGUUCUCCAUUUUUAAAAUACACAAAAUUUUAAAAAAUAAAACUGGUGCUUAAUAUUUGAUAAGCAGGUUCUUUUUAUAUGGGUUUCAUCCUGCUUUAAUAUUUUAACAUCAUUGUGUAUGUAUUUUCUGAUAUAUUAAACACAAAGCCAAGUAAUAAGUUGUGUGUUUUAUAAAUUUGAUUUAAUUGGAGAAAGUGGCUUACACGCUUUUAUUCUUGUGAUUUUUUUUUUUGUUUGUUUCUUUUACCAGCCAUUGCAUUGACUGUUUUCAUGUCAUUUGUCACAGUUUACCUGCAUUGCUUUGUGUUUUUUUCUUCUCUUGACUAACCACACAUUCGUAUUGUGUUGCUGCAUAUUGUGUCACCUAAGCAGCUUUUUAAGGUAGUAUUGUUUACCAGAUUCUAAUGUGAUUUUUUACCUCUUACCCGAUCAGUAUGAUUAUUUAUCACUUAUAGGGGUGCGAUUGAUCCAUUAGAAUCAUAUUUAUCUCUCUUCAUAUGCUUUUGAAGUUCAAGCUUAAGGAAAUCAAGUUAAAAAUCAAAUGUCUGAUUAAAAGGAUUAUAAACUAAUGUAUCUGCCUCUGUUGGUUGAGGUAAAUUAGUUUUCUAAACUAUUGAUUUAAACAAAUGGUGUUUUAUGAAUGAUGAUACAAAAUCUCAGUAGAAUAAAUGUGAUAUCCAGCCAUGGGUUUGCUUAUAUUUAUCACUGACAAAAUGUGUUGCCCUGGUUGUACAGCAUUUAUGUUCAUAUUAAUAUAAUGUGUAUAUAACUUAGUGUCUUACUUGGGACUUUGUUGGAAAUACUUGAAAGAAGUCCUGGUUGUUUAGUUACCGUUACAUGAAACCUGGACAGUAAUUCUAAAGUUAAAAAUCAGCUAAUAAAGUUUACCAGCCUUCUCUACUUUAAAACAAAUAUUUUUGCUAAAAAUUAUUUUUAUUGAAAAGCUGUACGGUGAAAGAUAUUUUGUUAGCAAUAAGAAUUGUGGGUAUAAAGAAUUUUGGACCUCGGGCACUGUUUGCCUCUGAUGUAAUGUCUGACUUUUGUGUUUUUGAUGCAGUCUGUUAAUUGUACAGUUCUGUCAGUGAAGCUGUUUUAUUGCUUAUGUUUAUGAGAUCAGUUAUAUUCACAGAAUAAAAAAAUAAACAAAUA